AUGACCGUUGAAUCUGCUCCUGCUGAAAAACUAUACCCUGUGCCUGAACGCUUGUUGGCUGGUGGUGAUAUCCCAAAGCCCUUUGUCGCCAGUUUUGAUGAAUACAAGGCCAAAUGGGAGGAGUCUGUAAAGGAACCUACCAAGUUCUUUGGCAACCUCGCUCGCGAAUUAUUGACUUGGUCAAAGCCGUUUGAGACCGUUACUAGUGGUGGUUUCAAUGAAGGCGAUGUUGCUUGGUUUUUGGAAGGUGAACUCAAUGUUGCAUUCAAUUGCGUUGAUCGUCAUGCAUUAGCAACACCAGACAAGAUCGCCAUCAUCCACGAGGGGGACGAACCUGAAAAUGUUCGCAAGAUCACUUAUCGCGAACUGUUGCAAGAAGUAAGUCGCGUUGCUAACGUGUUGAAAUCAUUGGACGUCCGUAAAGGUGAUAAUGUUGCCAUUUAUAUGCCAAUGGUACCAGAAGCAGUGUUUUCUAUGUUGGCUUGUGCUCGUAUUGGUGCGGUUCACUCUGUCGUCUUUGCUGGUUUUUCUUCUGAUUCGCUCCGUGACCGUAUCAAUGACGCUGGUGCUCGCAUCGUCUUGACUGCAGAUGAAGGUCGUCGUGGCGGUAAGAACAUUGCUACUAAGCGUAUCGUGGAUGAAGCCCUCAAAGCAACUCCCACCGUCGAGCAUGUCUUGGUGUUGCGUCGCACUGGCUCUGAAGUUCCAUUUACCGCUGGUCGUGAUCUCUGGUGGCACGAUGAGAUGGCAAAGGCUCGUCCCUAUUGUGCCCCUACCAAUGUGAAUGCUGAAGAUCCUCUCUUCUUGCUUUAUACCUCAGGUUCCACUGGCACACCCAAGGGCGUUGUGCAUACUACAGGUGGUUAUCUCUUGGGUGCUGCUGCCACUGUUAAAUAUGUAUUUGACUACCAUGAAGGUGACAUCCAUGCCUGUAUGGCUGAUGUCGGAUGGAUUACUGGUCAUACAUACAUUGUUUACGGUCCUCUUGCUUUAGGUGCCACUACAGUUUUGUUUGAAAGUACUCCUACUUAUCCUGAUCCUGCUCGUUUCUGGAACCUCGUUCAAAAGCACAAGGUCACUCAAUUCUACACUGCUCCUACUGCUAUUCGUGCUCUUCGUCGUUUGGGUGAUAAAUGGGUCCAACAAAACGAUCUCUCUUCUCUACGUGUCAUUGGCUCUGUUGGUGAGUCCAUCAACCCAGAAGCUUGGGAAUGGUACAAUGAACAAGUGGGUAAGGGUCGCUGUGCUGUCGUUGAUACCUACUGGCAAACAGAAACCGGUUCUAUCAUCAUUACUCCUUUGCCUGGUGCUACUGCUACUAAGCCUGGAUCCGCCACCUUCCCUUUCUUUGGCAUUCAGCCCGUUAUUCUCGAUCCUGUCACUGGCAAGGAGUUGGAGGGUAACGAUGUUACUGGUGUCUUGGCCAUUAAGCAACCCUGGCCUUCCAUGGCUCGUUCCGUCUACAACAACCACUACAGAUACCUCGAUACCUACUUGAAUCCCUACAAGGGUCAUUACUUUACUGGUGAUGGCGCUACUAGAGACAAGGAUGGUUACAUUUGGAUUCGUGGUCGCGUUGAUGAUGUUAUCAACGUGUCUGGUCACAGGCUCUCCACUGCCGAAAUUGAAUCUGCAUUGAUUUUGCAUCACUCUGUCGCUGAAGCUGCUGUCGUUGGUGGUCAAGAUGAUUUAACCGGUCAAUGUAUUCAUGCCUAUGCUACCUUGAAGCCCAACAUUGAAGACUCUGAGGGUCUCGACAAGGAGUUGGCGUUGCAAGUUAGAAAGGUGAUUGGUCCAUUUGCCACACCCAAGAAGAUCUAUAUUGUCAACGAUCUCCCCAAAACUCGUUCAGGAAAGAUCAUGCGCCGUAUUCUUCGCAAGAUUGUCAAUGGCGAGCAAGAUUCAUUAGGUGAUAUCUCCACAUUGGCUGAGCCUGCUGUGGUUCCUCAUCUCAUUGAACGUGUUCACGGAAAGAACUAA